CGCCAAAACAAUAACUACCAAUAUCCUCUUCAAGAGGCUUCACAAAACCCAAUUCAAUCACACUUUCUCUCUCUGGUUUCUCCCAUUUCUUCUACCUGUUUUCCUUUUUUUCUCAGCUUUGUCAAGGUGGUGCUUCUCUUGCUUCCAAUAGCUGCUUCUCAGCUUAGUUUCAGUAAUACUUUUCAUCCAAUAUUUUGUUUAGUUACCCCUCAAUUAUAGGCCUGUGUUCUGUUUUUAUUUCUGUUUGGAAACCUGCAAGUGUUUUGGAUUUGGUUUCUUGAAACAAACGGUGAUUAAGUGUUCCUCUGUCUCUGUGGGCGGUUUUAUUGACUGGUUGCUCUUUCCCCCUUUUUCUUAUGCUCUAAAUUUUGUAAUGGACUUUUGGACUUUUCUCAUUCUAUUUCAGCACUUCAAACUUUCAUGCUUAAACCCUGAGCAAUGGUAAAAUAGACAUGUAUAACCAGGAAGGAGAACUUCGUUUCUCAAAAGUUAGGUUAAAUAAAGUGGAACAAAAGUCAAACGCAUGCCCUGCAAUAGGUGACUAAAGAGAGGGCAAUAGUAUGAUUGAUCCCAAUUUCAUUACUCUGUCUGGUCAGCAAGAGAUGUUCUCUAAAAUCCUUAACCGCAUUUCCUAGUGUUGACUUGUUUUUACAUUGAACGUUAUGACUUAGUUACAUGGAAGCCACAUAGUGAAUUCAGCUGGUUUUGCAUUAGAUUUCCAGAAAAUCUGAUGGAGAUCUCUGUGCCUUUAUGUAGUUUAAUUUUAACUAGGCUUUUGAUUCUUUUGGACACACCUCAGUGGCAAUCCUCUUUCAUUAACAUGGACAUUAGUAGAAAAAUUGGAAUUAGUUAGUCAGUUAUUACUUUUUGCAUUUAACAUCCCGGUAACAUACCAUGGAAUCCUUCUAGAUUGUUCAGCUCUUAUCUUGUUCUUUGAGACACUGACCGUUUCCAAUUUGAUGGUUAAAUUAGGUGGGCUUUGCGGUGGUUUCAUUUGAAGCAAUCGUUAUCAAUUGAAAGUGAAAACUGCUCCUUAGUAGUUGCUUUCAGUCGGUCAUGACGUCAUGUUUUUCUUGCUUAACUCGUAGGAAGGUUACACCUCCAGUGAUACGAGAUCCUGAAAUUGAUGAAGAAUUAUCAGGUGUUCACAAUCUUAUUCUUUAUUCCUACAAAGAAUUAAGUGUUUCCACCGAGGAUUUCAGUCCAGCCAACAAAAUUGGAGAGGGAGGCUUCGGUUCUGUCUAUAAGGGAAAGCUAAAAGACGGGAAAAUUGCUGCUAUCAAAGUCCUUGCAGCUGGAUCAAGUCAAGGGGUGAAUGAAUUCUUGACAGAAAUCAAAGUGAUCUCAGAAAUAGAGCAUGAAAAUUUAGUUAAGUUAUAUGGCUGUUGUGUGGAUGGCAAUCACAGAAUAUUAGUCUACAAUUAUCUUGAGAAUAACAGUCUUGCACAGACACUUCUAGGUGGAUGUCACAGCAAUAUUUUCUUCGACUGGCGAACACGGACUAGAAUUUGCAUUGGGAUUGCCCGUGGGCUUGCAUUUCUUCAUGAAGAAGUAAAACCACAUAUUGUUCAUAGGGAUAUAAAAGCAAGCAACAUUCUCCUUGACAAAGACCUUACACCAAAGAUUUCAGAUUUUGGGCUUGCAAAGCUUAUCCCACCAAACAUGACUCAUGUCAGCACACGUGUGGCAGGGACAAUAGGUUAUCUGGCACCGGAAUAUGCAGUAAGAGGGCAGGUGAAUAGAAAAGUAGACAUUUACAGUUUUGGUGUACUUCUUUUGGAAAUUGUCAGUGGGAGAUGUAAUACAAACACACGAUUGCCAGAGGAAGAACAAUACCUUCUAGACAGGACAUGGAAACAUUAUCAGCGAAGGAUAUUGGUAGGGCUGGUAGACACAUCACUAAACGGGGAAUUCGAUGCCGAGGAAGCCUGCAAGUUUCUGAAAGUUGGCCUUCUUUGCACUCAGGAAGUUCCGAAACUCCGGCCAUCCAUGUCUUCAGUGGUCGAGAUGCUCACCGGCAAAAAGGAAGUUGAUGACAGUAAGAUAACAGAACCAGCCUUGAUUUCUGACUUUAUGGACCUCAAAAUUGGUGGAAACCGGAAAAACGAAGUUGAUAUGAAGACAUUAUCUUCAUAUAACGCAACCUCUGCCUCGGACAACCAGGACACUACGUUGUCAUCAACUUCUUCAACCAUUGCUACUACAACCUUUGCCACGCAAUAUGAUCAGAGCAUGUAAAUCUCAGACGCUAAUGUUUUAUUCUUUCUUUCAACAUGUUUUUCAAUGCUUGUUAUGUCAAGUAAACUUUGCAAAUUUUACCUUUCUUUUUCCUUUUUUUUUUUUGGGGGAGUGUUUUAUUCUUUUGUGCAAACCCUCCAAGAUUAGGAAGUUUCUCUCUGGAAAGUACUGUCUUGUAAAUAUGGACAAGUCCUACAUUCAUUGGUGAACAUUCCCCUUUACCUUUUUUCUCUGUGUACCAUUUGUUUGUUUGCCUGUGAAGAACACACGCAGGUUGUUAUCUGCCACCUCAUGACUUGUAAUUUGUCCUGAACAUCAGAUUCUGGAAA